UCCAGCUAUUACUUCCGGGUGAUGUUUACCGCAACAGAGGCAAUCAUCACUUAUUAUGGAUCUAGAUAUAACGUUUCAUUUGUAUUUUAUAAUCUCCGAUCACUAAUGAAGAUUAAUGUACUCAUGUUAUUUUUUUACAUGUACCGUUAAUAACUUGGCAUACAGUUGGACGACGACAGAGGAUAGUAAACUACGCAUUACUGGAGCACUACGGGGCGAGCUAGCAGCAGCAUAGCAUUGAGCUAAGCUACAUAUCGGGUGGACUUCCUCUCCUCUCGACCAUUUCUACAGCGAGUCUCCUCUAAACUGGCGGUCCACCAUCACAUACUGCCUAACAGGCUGAUAAGGGGGCUCCGACAUUCAUUCAUCAUAGCAUUGUUUAUACGCACUGCAAGUUCUUCUGACCGAUACGUUUUGGCUACAGACGUAUGUCAGAAAGGGGCGAAACCAUCCCAUACCAAUGCUAAGUUCUACACAGAGGUCAUAACGCCAAACAUCCCUGUAAGUCUGUGCACUUCUUUCCAACCCGUCGCCAAGAAGACUGUAGUGGAAGGUAAACCACCUCGACAUCGAGCGCCCAAGCUCGCAAUGCCCGGUUCCACGGCCAGCAGCAAAGCUCGGGUGUACACCGAUGUCAACACUCAGAAGAGCAGGGAAUACUGGGAUUACGAUGCACAUGUGCCAAGUUGGAGCAAUCAAGACAAUUAUCAGCUGGUGCGCAAAUUGGGUCGAGGGAAGUACAGUGAAGUUUUUGAGGCCAUCAAUGUGAGCAACAAUGAAAAAGUUGUAGUCAAAAUCCUCAAGCCUGUCAAGAAAAAGAAGAUUAAACGUGAAAUCAAAAUCCUUGAAAAUUUGCGUGGGGGAACCAACAUCAUUCGCCUGGUGGAUACAGUCAAGGAUCCUGUGUCCCGAACGCCAGCGCUUGUGUUUGAGUUCAUCAAUAACACAGACUUUAAGGAGCUUUACCAGAAGUUGACAGACUUUGACAUCCGUUUCUACAUGUACGAACUUCUCAAGGCACUGGACUACUGCCACAGUAUGGGCAUCAUGCACAGGGACGUAAAGCCCCACAACGUGAUGAUCGACCACCAGCUGAGGAAGCUGCGUCUUAUAGACUGGGGACUGGCAGAGUUCUACCAUCCUGCUCAGGAAUACAACGUCAGGGUGGCGUCACGCUAUUUUAAAGGGCCCGAGCUGCUAGUGGACUAUCAGAUGUAUGACUAUAGUUUGGAUAUGUGGAGUCUAGGCUGUAUGCUGGCAAGCAUGAUCUUCUUGAAAGAACCUUUCUUUCAUGGCCAGGACAACUACGAUCAGCUGGUCCGCAUUGCCAAGGUGCUGGGGACAGAUGAGCUCUUUGGUUACUUGCACAAGUAUCACAUAGAACUUGACACACGCUUCAAAGACCUGCUUGGCCAGCAGACAAAGAAGCGCUGGGAGCAGUUUGUCCAGACGGAGAACCAGCACCUGGUGAGCCCCGAGGCUCUGGACCUGCUGGACAAGCUGCUGCGCUACGACCACCAGCAGAGGCUGACCGCCGCAGAGGCCAUGCAGCACCCCUACUUCUAUCCAGUGCUGAAGGAACAAGCAAAUGCUAAUACGGACGGCACAAAGGCAAUAAGUGGCUCGAAUGCGACAUGAUGAGCAGAAAGGAGAGAGAACCUUUGUUACCUCAACGUGACCUUUUUGUGGCAGAAACCUCUGCCUCCACAACAGCCAUACUGGAGCAAGAUGUCAAUUUGCAACACACACAAAACACAUGGAUAAAACUCUUAAACCCCCUGACAAAACCAGGGCAUCGAUGCUGUUUGGUCCCUGCCACAAAUGCAUCAGAUAUGCGCUUUGAGGUGCCCCCUACUCCACCCUACCCACCCCCCCCCCCCCCCCCCGGCCCAAAAUACCCCUUCUCCAGUACCCAAACCCUGUUUUUAAAAUGAGCAAAGUUGUUGGACUGUUGACCGAUGUUGGUUCUGUAUCAAACCAGUGUUGUACUGUAGGCUGUGUGUGCGUGUGUGUGUGUUCGUCAUUUUGACGCUGUGGUGACCUGAGAUUGAGUUCCAGGUAUAUAGCACUGAGUGGCAUGGAGGCUCUUUUCUGCUAUGGAUAGAAUAUAUGCUAUAUUGAAAGAGAAUAAACCAUUUUUAUUUAAAUUCAA